AUGGGCGAUCAGUGUGUAAAGGCACUCUAUCGUCGUGCCGUCGCAAAUGAAAGGCUAAAAGAAUACACUAACGGCCUGGCGGAUGUAAAGAAAGCUUUGAAGAUUGUUCCUGAAGACGCAGAUUUCUUGAAGCUCAAGGAGCGUCUUGAUGCGCGGAUUAGAGCAGAGAAGGAGCAGCAGAAAAGGAUGUACUCAAGGAUGUUUGGCUAA